UGAACUAUCGAGCGCUUGUCAAGAAGAUGGCGGCUUCCUGGGCGGCAUGAAAAGAUGUAGAGUUAGCAAUAUCUACAGUGAAAGGCGCACCCAGGGUCGAAUUCGUUCUCUGAGUCCUCCCUCGUGAUUUUUAAAUUAAGUUAACGAAUCGGAACGAAGAAGUGGACAUGGCUUCUUCAGGGACCUCGGUUUUGCAGCCGCGCUGGAAGAGGGUUUUGGGCUGGUCUGGCCCGGUUCCUCGCCCGAGACACGGACACCGAGCCGUGGCCAUUAAAGAGCUGAUGGUAGUGUUCGGAGGAGGGAAUGAAGGCAUUGUGGAUGAGCUGCACGUCUAUAAUACAGCCACCAAUCAGUGGUUUAUUCCAGCUGUCCGGGGUGACAUUCCUCCCGGCUGUGCCGCAUAUGGAUUUGUGUGCGACGGCACCAGACUCCUUGUGUUUGGGGGCAUGGUUGAGUACGGAAAGUACAGCAAUGAUCUUUACGAGCUACAGGCCAGUCGAUGGGAGUGGAAACGUUUGAAGCCCAAAGCCCCCAAGAACGGCCCACCACCAUGUCCUCGCUUGGGCCACAGCUUUUCCCUGGUUGGAAACAAAUGCUACUUAUUUGGUGGACUGGCAAAUGACAGUGAAGAUCCCAAAAACAAUAUCCCCAGAUACCUGAAUGACCUCUACACACUCGAGCUACGCCCGGGAUCUAACGUAGCAGGCUGGGAUAUCCCCAUCACAUACGGUGUGCUUCCCCCUCCACGUGAGAGCCACACUGCCGUUGUCUACACAGAGAAAACAUCCAAAAAGUCACGUCUCGUCAUCUAUGGCGGCAUGAGUGGUUGCCGUCUUGGAGACCUCUGGACUUUAGACAUAGAUACUUUAACCUGGAACAAACCUGCCAUAAGUGGUGCGGCACCUUUGCCCCGCAGUCUCCAUUCUGCCACCACUAUAACCAACAAGAUGUUUGUAUUUGGUGGCUGGGUUCCUCUGGUCAUGGAUGAUGUCAAAGUAGCGACACACGAGAAGGAGUGGAAGUGCACCAACACACUGGCCUGCUUAAAUCUAGACUCUAUGUUAUGGGAAACCAUCUUGAUGGACACACUCGAGGAUAAUAUCCCAAGGGCACGAGCCGGACACUGCGCUGUGGCUAUAAACAAUAGGCUGUACGUGUGGAGUGGAAGAGACGGAUACCGCAAAGCCUGGAACAACCAAGUUUGCUGCAAAGAUUUGUGGUAUUUAGAAACAGAUCGUCCUCAGCCUCCAUCGCGUGUGCAGCUGGUCCGUGCCAACACCAACUCUCUGGAGGUGAGCUGGGGGGCAGUGCCUACCGCUGACACUUACCUGCUGCAGCUGCAGAAAUACGACAUCCCUGCUGCAACAGCUGCCACAUCACCAACAGUCAACCCCACCCCGUCUCUACCCAUCAACUCACCUAAGAGUCCGGCACCCGCCGCUGCCGCUCCUGCAGCGCAGAGCCUGCCCCUCUCUGGGGUCACAAUGGUGCCACAAAUUCCUUCACCCACCACCGCCAUGCCAAGCAGCCCGCUUGCAGCCUCACCUCGUGGACCAGCUAUUCUUAAAGUGGCAGCGCCUCAUUCCACCCCCGGGACAUCAGUCGUUACUGUGCGUCAGGCUACUCCGGGAGGAAAGUCCCCAGUCACGGUUACAUCACUUCCUGCAGGUGUCCGAAUGGUUGUCCCCGCACAGAGCACCCAGGGGACGCCAAUCGGUAGCAGUCCUCAGAUGAGUGGCAUGGCUGCUUUGGCCGCAGCUGCAGCCGCCACACAGAAGAUCCCGCCCUCUUCCACAACCACUGUGCUAAAUGUUCCAGCCGGAGCCAUCGUAAAAACCGUUGCUGUGACUCCUGGAUCCACAUCUCUGCCUGCUACUGUCAAAGUAGCUUCACCUGUAAUGGUUACUAAUCCCGCGACCCGAAUGCUGAAAACAGCUGCAGCUCAGGUCGGCACUUCCGCCAUCUCUACUCCUAACACUCCGACUCGGCCGAUCAUCACUGUGCACAAAUCAGGCACAGUAACCGUAGCCCAGCAGGCUCAGGUUGUCACCACCAUGGUCGGAGGAGUCACCAAAACUAUAACCCUUGUUAAAAGCCCCAUUACAAUGGGUGGCAGCGGUCCUCUGAUCUCCAGCCUUGGAAAGGUGAUGUCUGUUGUCCAGACCAAACCAGUACAAACCUCUGCGGUCACCGGGCAGGCUGGAAGCAGUCCUGUCACUCUCAUACAAACAAAGACUCCUCUGCCUGCUGGUACCAUCCUGAAACUGGUCACGUCUGCUGAUGGCAAGCCCACCACAAUCAUUACAACUACACAGGCAGGAGGGGCUGGCACCAAACCCACUAUCCUGGGCAUCAGCACUGUCUCUCCAACUGCCACCAACAAACCAGGAACCACCAUUAUUAAAACCAUUCCCAUGUCUGCUAUCCAACAAGGUGCAGCAGGUCUGACAAGCAGUGCUGGUGUCAAAUCCCCCAUCACAAUUAUCACCACUAAGGUUGUUACUCCUGGCACUGGUACUCCGGGGAAAAUCAUAACAGCUGUGCCAAAGCUGACAGCAGGUGCGGGACAGCAGGGUGUGACACAGGUGGUCCUGAAGGGGGCUCCCGGACAGCCAGGCACUAUCUUGCGCACUGUGCCUAUGGGUGGAGUGCGUCUGGUUUCACCAGGCAGUGUGUCUGCUGGAAAACCAACUGUUACCACGCUGGUUGUCAAGGGCACCACGGGAGUCACAACUCUGGGUACAGUAACUGGUACUGUAUCGUCUAGCGUGGCUGGGGCCAAUGUGGCAAGUGGUAACGCCAGCCUGGUGACUCCAGUCACCACACUUGCCUCCAUCGCCACAUUGUCCAGUCAGGUGAUCAAUCCCACAGCCAUCACUGUAUCUGCUGCCCAGACCAACCUUGGCACCGCUACGAUACAAUCGGGAGCCCAGCCUACUCAAGUAACCCUGAUCACGACUCCAAGCGGUGCUGAGGCCCAGCCUGCGCAGGAUCUACCCGUCUCCAUCCUGGCCUCUCCCACCUCAGAGCAGCCCUCCACCACCGGUGCUGAUGCUGGCGACGGCUCUGGCGAUGGUGCUACCACCGUGACACUGGUCUGCUCCAACCCUCCGUGUGAGACCCACGAGACAGGAACGACCAACACGGCUACAACGGCUUCUGCCAAAAUGGGCACCGAACAGAUUUGUUCCAACCCUCCCUGUGAGACGCACGUCACAGGCACCACCAACACAGCAACCACCGCCUCUGCAAACAUGGGCAUGGCACAGCAGGUGUGCACCAACCCUCCCUCGGAGACCCAUGACACGGGCACCACCAACACAGCCACCACUGCCAGCUGCAACAUGGGAUCUAAAGAGAUGGGAACUGUGAACAGCAAGACAGCGGCGUCGUCGACAGCUACGUCUUCAGCUUCUGGCUCAGAACCAGCAACGCCUGUCUCAGAGGGCGGUGCUGGUGCGGGCAGCAUGCGGCCGGAGAAUCUCCGCACGGGUACCACCAACACCUCCACUACCGCCCGCUCCAACAUGGGCUCUGACCAAACGGGAACGGUGCAGAGCUCCAACAAGAGCCAAGCUGCGAUCUCUUCUACGCUGAUGCCUGUUUCCUCUAGCCCUCCCAGCGAAACGAAUGAGGCAGAUACUGUGAACACUUCACUUGCGUCUGGUGCCGUCCAGCAGGUCUGCUCAAAUCCUCCUUGUGAGACACACGAGACGGGCACGACCAACACGGCUACGCAGUCAGGCUCCAGUAUGGGCAGUGGGCAAACCAAUGUUGUACAAAGGGUGUGCUCCAAUCCGCCUUGUGAAACUCAUGAAACGGGCACUACCAAUACGCCGACCCAGGCCUCGUCUUCUAUUGGUGCUGGACAGAAUGGCACUGUUCAAAGGGUGUGUUCUAAUCCACCGUGUGAAACACACGAGACGGGCACCACCAACACGCCGACCCAGGCCUCGUCUUCUAUUGGUGCUGGACAGAACGGUGUGGUUCAAAGGGUGUGCUCCAAUCCACCCUGUGAAACCCAUGAAACGGGCACCACCAACACGCCGACUCAGUCCUCAUCUGCUAUUGGUGCUGGACAGAAUGGCACUGUGCAGAUGGUUUGUUCCAAUCCACCCUGUGAAACACAUGAGACGGGAACCACCAACACAGCCACCACAGCAACAAGCAGCUUAGAAACUGGAGAAGGAGCAGCCCAGCAGGCCGGCGAUGGACCGAGUGACAGCGGCACCAGCUCAGAACCCACAUCAUCUACAGAACCAGCCAAUCCCACGACACAAAGCAGAGCCGUCACAACAGUAACACAGGCCACGCCCACUCCAGGACCAUCAGUACCGGAGAUUUCGUCUAUGGCUGGAUCUGCAGUAGUGGCUGAGGUCCCAGGGGAGGCGGAGGCCAUGGAGCAGACCAGCGCUGAGGCCGUAGCAGCGGGAGAAGAGCCCAUGCAGACCGAGUGUCAGGGAGAGCUGGGUGAAGAGGCUGCCGUCAGGGUCGUUGCCAUAGAUGAAAGUGCAGCAGGCGAAGAGGGCACCAUGCUACAGGUUCAUGUCGCAAUGGAAGCGCAGCCAGGUCAAGGGGAUCAGGCUGAGCAGAUGGAGGCUGGCGUGGAGGGCGCGGAAGCGAUGAGUCUCGCUGCUCAAGACUCGGAAGCCCUCGCUCUGCCCCAGGAGCUGAUGUCUGCAGAAGGACAGCAAACCACCCUCAUGGUGACCGGACUGACACCCGAGGAGCUGGCUGUGACGGCGGCGGCUGAGGCUGCAGCGCAGGCUGCGGCUACAGAAGAAGCACAGGCUCUUGCCAUCCAGGCAGUCCUACAGGCAGCUCAGCAGGCUGUGCUCAGUGAGAGCGACGGAGGUCACGAUGGGCAGCAACCCACAACCAUCCCUAUAGUUCUGACCCAGCAGGAGCUUGCUGCUCUGGUUCAGCAACAGCAGCAGCUCCAGGAGGCACAGGCGGCCGCAGCACAGCAGUUAAGCGCUGAAGCAGCCGCAGCUGCGUUGCCAACUGAAGGCUUGGCACCUGCAGACAGCCUCAAUGACCCAGCGUCUGAGAGCAACGGCCAUGAGAUGGCAACUGCUGUUACGGGAGCUGUGGCCCGUCUCCUUCCUCGGACUUCUGCAGAGACUCUAGCCCCAUCAAGUACUUUUGCACCAUCUCAACCGAUGGUGGUCGCCAGUCCUGCCAAGAUCCAAGCGGCCACUGCUUUAGCUGAGGUGGCCAAUGGGAUUGAAUCGGCAGCUGGGAAGCCAGAAGCACCUCCAGCCGUUGUAAAGCCACCAGUGAAGAAAGAGAAUCAGUGGUUUGACGUUGGAAUCGUUAAGGUCACAAACAUGGUUGUCACGCACUAUUAUGUGCCAGCGGAUGAUUCGGCGGUUACCGAUGAUGAUUCUGGCGCAAUACCAGACUACAGCCGAAUGAAGAAGAUAGAGCUUUCUCCAGGCACUGCAUAUAAGUUUCGCGUGGCCGGCAUCAACGCGUGCGGCCGCGGGACGUUCUCCGAGGUCUCUGCUUUUAAGACCUGCUUACCUGGCUUCCCUGGAGCACCGUGCGCCAUCAAAAUCAGCAAGAGCCCUGAUGGUGCCCACCUGACCUGGGAGCCUCCUUCAGUGACGUCAGGGAAGAUCAUUGAGUAUUCAGUGUAUUUGGCUAUCCAGAGCUCACAAACGGUCGAGGCUAAAGCGUCUGCUCCGGCUCAGCUUGCCUUUAUGCGGGUGUACUGUGGGCCCAACCCGUCCUGCCUAGUGCAGUCGUCUAGUCUCUCCAACGCCCACAUUGACUACACAACCAAACCCGCCAUCAUCUUCCGCAUCGCCGCCCGCAACGAGAAGGGCUACGGCCCUGCAACGCAAGUCAGGUGGCUACAAGAAACCAGUAAAGAUGGCUCUGCGGCCAAACCUGCAGCAAAGAGGCCGGUCUCGUCACCUGACAUGAAAGGCGCUGGUCCAAAGAAGGCCAGAUCUGACCAGUGAGAGCUCACCGUGACCCCUGACCCUGCCCUGUUUAUGAGCUGUACCAUACUGAACUCCACCUCCUGCUGAACAGCCUUCCUGCUUCCACGUCUCACCCUAUUCCAUCCUCUGUGACGAAAGGGAAGGAAACUGCAGCCAAAAAUAGGAAAACGUUCAAAAAAAAAGGAAAACCUGUUUCCAUUUUUGAGAAAUGCUCUCCCAUCACUGGACAUGUUGGUGCCAUGGACGCCUUAUUUCCGACUGUAUUUUUUAAGAACCCCAUAAGUGUUCCUCAGAAGCACAUACAUUUGCUUUCCCUGACAAUUUUGUGUAAAGAAGUUCCGACGGCAGCAUUCAGUCUAGUUCUAACUAUUAUCAGAUACUCAUUCUUUGUUUUCCUCCCUUGACAUUCAUUUAUUUUAAGCUUAUUUCAAUACAAGCAAUAGAUAACAGAAAAAUAACUUUGCUCCAUUGUCAGUUUGUUGAUGUUUUCAUUAUUUGGGCAAGUCUGUAUAUUUCAACCGUGUGCUGAGAGGAGACGGAGGAGCGACCGCGGACAGCGAAACGGAGCAGGGGAAAUGCAUCGAAAUCGAAAACAAACAGCACUUGAUGAUGCUUGUGAGGAAAAGACUCGGUUCAUUUGGAGAAUCUGUAAUUAUUCAUUCACUUCGAGUUCAGUAGCCUGUUUUGCAUCACUGUGUGUUCAUACAUUUGCCGUGAGGGACAAUUUGAGGACCGCAACGCUGAAGACUAAAAGGACUUCAAUCCAUGUAGAUGAAAAGCAUACUACUUUUGCAUUGCGUCAACUAGAUCUUGUAUAAAGAGAGAGAGAAAAAAAUCCCAAAAAUAGUAAAUGGUGAUACAGGAGUUCUUUGUGUGUGGUUUAUUUUUGUAUUUUUUUUUUUUUUUUUUAAUAAUAAGAAAAGGUCUUUCCUUAUCGUGUAUUUGUGCAUCAGGGCGCAGUUUUAAACCUCACACUUCUCCUCAACACGAUAACCGCUCAUUCCUGUAGUCUCCAUGCUUGUGUAUUUGACAUGCGGGCCACAGUGUUUCCCGUGUUCAUGAAUGAUUUCACCUUUAUUUUGGGAAUUGUAGUGUAAAAUGUAUGUAUUUGUUCAGAACAACAGCCCACCUUUUUUUUUUUUCCCCCACCCAACCUUUUAUUUUUUGCCAUUUAUAGAAACCGCAGAAAAAGAUGGUUUUAUUUUUAUUCCCUCCUUGUCGUUAGUCUAUAGUUCCUGUACAUUUAUUUUUCUGAAUCUUGCAUUUCUUUUCUACGCUUGGUUUUGUGAGUUGCUAGACACGAAUUGGGAUUCUUCUCAAGCUGUGCAGCGGAAGUUUGAACCAUUUUCAUUCUCUGCUUCGGACUGUUUGGACUUGUGGAAAUGCAGGCCUGUGUAAAUGCUAAACUGGUGGAAAUUAAGGAGAGGUUUUGAUGAGUAUGUCUUUUUUUUGAAUGGAAGUUAGAAACAGUUUGUUUCUGUUUCUAGCGGUUGGGAAACGUUGCAGAUGGAUUGUUGGCUUAGCCAGAGUUUGAACUCAGUUGUAAAUUAGUUCUUUCACGUAGCAAAACGUACAACAAAAAAACUCUUUGCCUUUUUUAUAUAAUUAUCUGUAACAAAAUGUUUUUACAUGUUGUCAUCUAUUGAUUGCUUUUGUGUCUUGACAUAUAAAAGUAAUGGAAUUCUG